GUAACACUUGGCAGCCAAAAAACGUAAACAAUUCAUUGUGAAUUCCGAAUUCCCGCUUUUAUUGCACAAAAAUGUCCAUGCAAAAGGCCAAAAUCAUCGACCAGAAGGAGUACCUCAAGAAGUACCUGUCCGGCGACAAGGAGAAGAAGAAGAAAAAGAAGGAGAAGAAGCACAAAAAGGGCUCAGUCAGUGCCAAAGUGAAAAUCAUUGAUGACGACGCCUACGAAAAUGAUGAUCACGAAAUGGACGAGGAUCUGCUGCUGGGCGGCGAGGAUGCGCCCCAAAUUGUGGGCGAGUACAUCGAGGAGGAUCCCAAUGUGCGCAGCAAGUGGCGCAACAUUGCCGUCAAGGAUGAGAUCAAGGAAGAACACGACGAAUCCUCGCCAGCACCUGGCAUUCGCAUCAAACAGGAGCCCGUGGAUGAGGAGCAGGAGAUGUGGGGACGCAAAGCCUCAGUGGUCAAGGUCAAGGAUGAAUUCUCUCCCUCCAGACGAAGUCCACCCGUUAGAAUUAAGCAAGAAAAACGCAGCAGCUCCAGGGAUUCAAGCCCAGCGAGAUCGAGAAAGCCGUCGAAGCGGGAAGAGAGUCCUCAAGAAAGGAGAAGAAGGGCGGUAAGCUCAGAUCAGAGUCCUCCAAGAAGGGGAAGAGAUGGCGAUCAAUCGCCGCCUCGCCGAAAGCGCAGAGAUUCCGAUCAGAGUCCACCCAGAAAAGCAAGAAAUGGCAAUCAAUCGCCAGCCAGGAAAAGGCGGGACUCGGACCAAAGUCCUCCAAGAAAACGAACGGAAAGAAGAAGGGAUUCCGAUCAAUCGCCACCCAGACGCCGCAGAAGUAACUCCGAUCAGAGUCCGCCCAGGAGACGUAGAGACAAGGACUCAACUCCACCCCGAAGGAAAAAAGAUUCCGAUCAAAGCCCACCUCGGAGACGUAAAGCGGACGAUCAAUCACCGGUAAGACGAGGAAGGAAAGAUUCCGACCAAAGUCCGCCAAGAAAACGGAGAGGCAACGACCAGUCUCCACUGCGCAAGGGACGAGACUCGGACCAAAGCCCACCACGAAGACGCAGAGAUGAUAAGCAAUCGCCGCCAAGGAGGAGAAGGAAUUCCGAUCAAAGUCCGCCAAGGAGACCAAAGGAUGAAGAUCAAUCGCCACCGAGAAGAAAACGCGACUUUGACCAAAGUCCAUCAAGAAAACGCGACAAAUCCCCACGCAGACGUCGCGACUCCGACCAAAGCCCGCCCAGGAACCACAGAAGUCGAGAACAGAGUCCUCCGCCUCGUAAUCGCUUCAAGGAAGAGAAGAAGAGUCGCUGGGCCAAGGCAUCGCCCAGCAAAUCAGUUUCUCCACCGCCCACACACAAACCGAAGUCCACCAAGACACUAGAUGGCAAGAAAGCUGGACUGCAGGAUGCGAAAUCCCUGAAGAAGGAAACCGACGAAAGGCGGCGACAAGAACACGAACUCUUCGAGAAAAUGUCCAGCGAGAUUUCCGGUCGCGAUGGGGACGUGCAGGUGCGCAGCACUCGCAGAAAGGGAAACCGCGCGCGGGAUGCAGCCAACGAAGAUCCCGCCGAGCAGAGCCGCAAGGAGCAGCACGAGCAGAAGAAGAAGGAACUGUACGACCGCUGGGGCAAGGGCCUGAAGCAAAUAGAGGAUCGCAAGUCCCGCCUCGAGGAGAUGGCCCAUGAAGCCUCCAAGCCGGUGGCCCGCUACGCCAACGACGAGGAUCUGGACAGGCAUCUGCGCGAGCAGGAGCACGCCGACGAUCCGAUGCUGGAGUACAUGCGCCAGAAGCGCAAGAAACGCGACAAGCUGGACAACAAGCCGGAGAUGCCCAAGUACGAGGGCAGCUAUCCGGAGAAUCGCUUUGGCAUCCGACCAGGAUAUCGCUGGGAUGGCGUCGAUCGAUCCAACGGCUACGAGCAGCGGUGGUUCGAUAAGCAGAACGAGCGGCGGGCGGUGCAGGACGAGGCAUACAAGUACAGCGUGGAGGAUAUGUGAAUGUGGCAAGCGUUGUUUGCUUUCUUGUUGCAAUAAAGAUUUCGCCACUGCCUGUGAAAAGCAAAAGGGCAAUUGUAAUGUUACUUAUUUCAAA